AGAUACCUUGCAUUAUGACUUUUUGAAUGAGUAUACAAGAAUGGGCUUUGACAAGGACCAAGCAUGGAAAAUUACUGACAUUAACUCCAAGUUUGAGUAAGUUGAACUACUGAUUUUUAAUGCCUUUAAAACUGUGGGUAUAUAAUCUGUCUUUGAACAAGUUUGUCCAGAUGGAUCAUCGGCCUCUGCUAUAAUUAUCGAGGCAAUGCUGAAAUGUAAAUUCUUUACCUUGCAAUUUUAGGGUGUGUUCCUCGUACCCUAAACUGCAUAUUGUGCCCAGUCUUAUCACAGACGAGAUGUUGGAAAAUAUUGCAAAGUUUAGAGCAAGUAGAAGGUUUCCUUCUGCUGUUUGGAGGUAGGAAACUGGGAAACUAUGAAGUUUAUCAUUUUGUUGCAUACAUAUUUUUAGUGGUUGAUUUCUGCUAUUCUUCCUAGAGGUCCAGUACAGGAAGAAAUCUAACUAAACUAAUUUUAUUUAAACUGGAUAACUCUAUCACUUCUUAAUCAUUCUCUCUAAAAAUGCAGUUAACAAGACCAUCCCUUAUCAGUCUAGUGUGUUACUACUGAGCUGUUUGGUACAGUUAAACUAGAAGCAUAUUCUUCUUACAUGUACAAUUUUGACAAAAUUAUCAAACAACUGCAUAUAGUUUAGAAUUAAUAGAGCUAUCCAGUAUACAUAAACUUAGUUUUGUUUGGUUUCUAUCUAAAUACAUAGGCACAGUAAAAACGGAGCUGUCAUAGUUCGCUGUAGUCAACCAGAAGUCGGCGUGUGGUAUUGGAGGUGUAAUCAUGAUGAAUUUUAUCUCAAUACAUUGGGAAUUGUUGCUGACUCUGCCAAACAUCUUGUUAAUGGCAAGAAAAAACCCCAUGCUCCCUUGGAUUCUUCUGAUGAUACUAGUGGUGAUGAUUUAGAUAUGCCACAUACCAACAGAUUUGCAGGUAUGCUGGUUUUAUUGCUGACACAGUGGUGUCUUUCACCUGUGUGA